GCGGCGGCGAGUGGAAGGCAAGAUGGCGGCGGCGGCGGCGGCCUGGUGCUGAGGGCUGAGGCAGGUCCCCGCGAGCCCCGCGGCUGGCCGCCCCCGUCCCCCCGCUCCCCGCGGCGCCUCUCCUCGCGCCCCGCCUCCCCCGCCGACCCCGAGGCGGGGAGCCCCCCCCCGGGGACGGGCCCAGGCCGUCGCGCCCCCCCACCCCCCGCCCUGUCCCAGUGGCCGCUGUCCAGGAGCCCCGCCGUCCCCUUGCAGGAUUAAUUAUAUUGAUUGUAAACAGUACCAGGAACUUCUGUGAAGAAUCUUUUUUGUUUUGCUCAGGACAAAGCUGUGGAUUUAUCAAAUAGCUCUUAAAGAAGUCCUUUGUGUGGAUUAUAUACAUAUAGAUGUUUUCAUGAAGAGGAGUGAAAAGCCAGAAGGUUAUAGACAGAUGAGGCCUAAGACCUUUCCUGCCAGUAACUACACUGGCAGCAGCAGGCAAAUGUUACAAGAAAUUCGGGAAUCCCUUAGAAAUUUAUCCAGACCAUCAGAUGCAGCAAAGGCCGAACAUAACAUGAGUAAGAUGUUAACUGAAGAUCCUCGACAAGUCAGAAAUCCUCCCAAAUUUGGGAUGCAUCAUAAAGCCUUGCUAGAAAUUCGAAACUCUCUAUUACCAUUUGCCAAUGAAACAAGUUCUUCCUCCCGGUGUACUGCAGAAGUCAACCCCCAAAUGCUUCAAGAUUUGCAAGCUGCUGGAUUUGACGAGGAUAUGGUUAUACAAGCACUUCAAAAAACUAACAACAGAAGUACAGAUGCUGCGAUUGAAUUCAUUAGUAAAAUGAGUUACCAAGAUCCUCGAUGGGAACAGACAGCCGUGGCACCUGCCAGACCUAUCAAUGCCAGCUUAAAACCAGGGAAUGUGCAACAAUCAGUUAACCGCAGACAAAGCUGGAAAGGGUCUAAAGAAUCCUUAGUUCCUCAGAGGCAUGGCCCACCACUUGGAGAGAGCGUAACCUAUCAUUCUGACAGCCCGAACUCACAGCCAGAUGUGGGAAGGCCUUUGUCAGGAUCUGGCAUAGCAGCAUUUGCUCAGGCUCACCCCAGCAACGGACAGAGAGUGAACCCACCACCACCUCCUCAAGUCCGGAGUGUCACUCCUCCUCCCCCUCCGAGAGGCCAGACUCCCCCUCCGAGAGGCACAACGCCACCUCCACCUUCCUGGGAACCGAACUCUCAGACCAAGCGCUAUUCUGGGAACAUGGAUUAUGUGAUCCCCCGAAUCUCGCCUGUGCCGCCAGGAGCCUGGCAGGAGGGCUAUUCUGCACCACCUCUGAACACGUCCCCUAUGAACCCUACCCAGGGCCAGAGGGGCAUUAGUUCUGUGCCUGUCGGUCGGCAGCCAAUCAUCAUGCAGAGUUCAAACAAAUUUAGCUUCCCACCCGGGAGACCUGGAAUUCAGAACGGUAGCAGUCAGACUGACUUCCUGAUGCAUCAAAACGUUGUUCCUGCUGGCACUGUAGGUCGGCAGCCACCCCCUCCAUACCCUCUGACCUCAAGUAAUGGACAAAGCUCUUCUGCUUUACAGGCAGGGGGAUCUACUGCUCCUUCAUCAUAUACAAAUGGGAAUAUUCCUCAGUCUAUGAUGGCGCCAAACAGAAAUAGUCACAACAUGGAACUUUAUAACAUCAGUGUCCUUGGGCUGCAGACCACCUGGCCUCAGUCGUCUUCUGCUCCAGCCCAGUCCUCCCCAAGCGGUGGGCAUGAAAUUCCUCCGUGGCAGCCCAAUAUACCAGUGAGGUCAAAUUCUUUCAAUAACCCUCUAGGAAGCAGAGCAAGUCAUGCUGCCAAUUCUCAGCCUUCAGCGACAACAGUCACUGCUAUCACACCUGCUCCCAUUCAGCAGCCCGUGAAAAGCAUCCGCGUAUUAAAGCCGGAGCUACAGACUGCUCUGGCACCCACACACCCUUCCUGGAUGCCACAGCCCAUUCAAGCCGUGCAGCCCGGGCCUUUCUCUGAGAGCACGACUUCCAGUGUGACCGUGAUGCCGCCUGUUGCUGAAGCUCCAAGCUAUCAGGGCCCACCACCGCCUUAUCCCAAACACCUGCUACACCAGAACCCGCCUUUCCCUCCCUACGAGCCCGUCAGUAAGUCCAGCAAAGAGGAUCAGCCAAGCUUGCCCAAGGAAGAGGAGGGUGAGAAGGGCUAUGAACAUGUCGACAGUGGGGAUAAAGAAAAGAAGCAGAUUACAACUUCACCCAUAACUGUUAGGAAAAACAAGAAAGACGAAGAGCGAAGGGAAUCCCGAAUUCAGAGUUACUCUCCUCAGGCAUUUAAAUUCUUUAUGGAGCAACAUGUAGAAAAUGUACUCAAAUCUCAUCAGCAGCGUCUCCAUCGUAAGAAACAACUAGAGAAUGAAAUGAUGCGGGUUGGAUUAUCUCAAGAUGCCCAGGAUCAAAUGAGAAAGAUGCUUUGCCAAAAAGAAUCUAAUUACAUCCGUCUUAAGAGAGCCAAAAUGGACAAGUCUAUGUUUGUGAAAAUAAAGACAUUAGGAAUAGGUGCAUUUGGUGAAGUAUGUCUAGCAAGAAAAGUAGAUACCAAGGCUUUGUAUGCCACAAAAACUCUUCGAAAGAAAGAUGUCCUACUUCGAAAUCAAGUUGCUCAUGUAAAAGCUGAGAGAGAUAUCCUGGCAGAAGCUGACAACGAAUGGGUAGUCCGUCUCUAUUAUUCAUUUCAAGAUAAGGACAAUUUAUAUUUUGUAAUGGAUUACAUUCCUGGGGGUGAUAUGAUGAGCCUAUUGAUUAGAAUGGGAAUCUUUCCAGAAAAUCUGGCACGAUUCUACAUAGCAGAGCUUACCUGUGCAGUUGAAAGUGUCCAUAAAAUGGGUUUUAUUCAUAGAGAUAUUAAGCCUGAUAACAUUUUGAUUGAUCGUGAUGGUCAUAUUAAAUUGACUGACUUUGGGCUCUGCACUGGCUUCAGAUGGACGCAUGAUUCUAAGUACUAUCAAAGCGGUGACCAUCCACGGCAGGAUAGCAUGGAUUUCAGCAAUGAGUGGGGCGACCCCUCUAACUGUCGGUGUGGAGACAGACUGAAGCCCCUGCAGAGGAGAGCUGCACGCCAGCACCAGCGAUGUCUGGCACAUUCCUUGGUUGGAACCCCCAAUUAUAUUGCGCCUGAAGUGUUGUUACGGACAGGUUACACACAGUUAUGUGAUUGGUGGAGUGUUGGUGUAAUUCUUUUUGAAAUGUUGGUGGGACAACCUCCUUUCUUGGCACAAACACCACUAGAAACACAAAUGAAGGUUAUCAACUGGCAAACAUCUCUUCACAUUCCAUCACAAGCUAAACUGAGUCCUGAAGCAUCUGAUCUUAUUAUUAAACUUUGCCGAGGACCCGAAGACCGUCUAGGCAAGAAUGGUGCUGAUGAAAUAAAAGCUCACCCAUUUUUUAAGACAAUUGAUUUCUCUAGUGACCUGAGACAACAAUCUGCUUCUUAUAUUCCGAAAAUCACACAUCCAACAGAUACAUCCAAUUUUGAUCCUGUUGAUCCAGAUAAGUUAUGGAGUGACGAUAACGAAGAAGAAAAUGUAAAUGACACUCUGAACGGAUGGUAUAAAAAUGGAAAGCACCCUGAACAUGCUUUUUAUGAAUUUACCUUUCGGAGGUUUUUUGAUGACAAUGGCUAUCCAUAUAAUUAUCCAAAGCCGAUUGAAUAUGAAUAUAUUAAUUCACAAGGCGCUGAACAGCAUUCAGAUGAAGAUGACCGGCAUGCAGGCUCGGAGAUCAAAAAUCGAGAUUUAGUUUAUGUUUAACACACUAGAAAAUAAUUGUAGUAAGAAGUUGCAAAAAUGUCUGAAACCCAGGUUUUUUUGAGACUGAGAAAAAAAAUAUGCAAGUGUGA